AUGACAGAAAAAGAAAAUAGAGUAGAAGCCGCGUCGACGUUGGUAGUGGUGGUGCGUCGCAGGUGUUGGCAAUUGAGAGGGAAAAAAUUUGUGGCUGUUUCGCUAGUAGCUCUUUUGGCUCUUGAUGCUGCUUGCCCCUUAACCCCCAGCUGCGUGAUAGAUACGAGCUCCAAGGAUCGCAAAAGCCAAAGUGAAAAAUACGCUCGACUUAUUUGGCACUAUUUCAACAUGAAACCUUGGGUCCUGCUUCUCGGACUGUAUCUAUUUUACACUAUCGAAAACAGCAUCGGAAUUAUCAACGGCCGCAGGUUAUUCCAUCCAUUCGCAGUUUCGCUUCAAUACAUCACGAAGAAAGGCUGCUCGAGGCAUUUUUGCGGCGGCAGUAUAUUGGACGACAGACACGUCUUGACAGCUGCCAAGUGCUUGUCUCGGGAUAACCGUACGAUCCUCGACAGACCGAUCACCGUCGUGGCUGGUACGGACGAUUUGGCGAACAGGAACGAAGGUGCGGUCGAUCGCGAGGUCGAAACUAUAUUCGUUGUCAAAGGGAGCAAUUUCAGCGACGACAACGUGGCGAUCCUGAGGCUGAAGAGGCCGCUGCCACUUCGUAAGUACUAUCUUGAAGCAGUUACAUUGCCACCAGCCGGGAAUUCGUCGUUUACAUAUGGCACGAAUGUUUUGAUGCAGGGCUUUGGCGUUUACCAACAAUUCCACAAUGAGGUGGGGCAGCUCGUGUCCGGGCCAAUGAGUCCUUUUUUAAAAGCAGCUCGCGGCAUCGUGAAAGAUCGUGACGUUAGUAAAUGCCAAGAUGGACGAAUAUGUGUGACAAGUGAUGGUUUCGAUACUGAAAACAAAUUGGAAGGAAUUUGCGAUGGGGACGAAGGUGGCCCCCUCGUAAAAUAUUAUGACAGCAUUCUCAUUGGAAUAGCUACUUCGGAGCAUUAUCCAAUCUGUGGAAUUUAUCAACGAUUUGUCGAUGUCGCGCCGUACUUGGGAUUCAUCGAAAAAGUAACCAGCGGCGGGGUUGAUGAUACGAUUUCGAGUCAAGAAGCCAAACAAGAGGAUCUGAAAGGAUCAUUUAACGAUUAUCCGCAUUGCUUCCAGCACAAGAUGAAAGAAAAGAUAUCAAUCUUUUUUAUUUUUGGACUGGGCCUCGUAAAUAUUGUUAAGAACGAGAGAGCACGAAUCAUCGAAGGCAACUUUGCUCUGCCAGGCCAAUUUCCUUACGCAGUUUCGCUACAAUUUAUUUUUGAAAAGAAUUGCACCUACCAUUUUUGUGGUGGCAGUAUUCUAGAUGAAUAUCACAUCUUAACAGCAGCUCAUUGUGUAACUGAUGGUUCCUAUAAAUUUGAUGGUCCUCCAAUUACCGUAGUUGCUGGUACUGUAGACUUGGCCAAUAAAAGCCUGGGUGUGUAUCACGACGUCAAAGAAAUAUUCGUGCCAACUUCGUAUACACUUAAUAAACAAGGCCAGGUCGAUGAUGAUAUAGCGAUUUUAAAGUUACGACGUCCAUUGCCAAUUCAUGAACAUCCAUACAUAGACUCGGUUCAAUUGCCCGCACGCGAUGAAUAUUUACCACCGAAUAAUCAAACUGCCAUCGUCACAGGUUUCGGUGUUUAUUACCAAUACGAGAAUGAAGGUAGAAUAAAAUCAGGACCAGCGAGCCCGUUUCUAAAAUAUUCCUAUGGUUUUAUAAAUGUUCCCGAUCCUAUCGGUUGCGACGAAACGAAAAUUUGCCUUGAGAGUCGUGCUUUCUUCGAUGAAGAAUUGGAAGGAGCUUGCGACGCUGAUAGUGGUGGCUCACUCGUUGUUAAUAAUACGAAUAUUCUUAUUGGAAUAACCAGUGCUUCGUCCCUUAUGUUUUGUGGAGCGUACGAAAGAUUUACUAGAGUUUCGUCGUACUUGAAUUUUAUUGAUAAAGUGAGACUCAGCGAGAUCGAUGAGACUGUGGCCUCGACUCAACAAUCCCAUAAUUUUGAAGAAAAUUUCCGUCACUAUCCACACUGCGAUCAGGAAUAUAUUAAAUCGCAUGACUCGUUAGAGUUGUAAAAUUUGUAUAUUUUUGAAAGAAAAAUUAACAUGUUGAUUG